CGAUUCGUGAAUGCUUCUUUUACAGAUGCACGAGCUGUUAUCGCCUGAGCAGGUUGGCGAGGGGAACCAACGAAACCUGGUCUGUUGCCCACGUCACGCUGCAAAACGGCGUCAUGAGGACAGACCCGGAUCAUCCAUCGACACCGCACAGCUGUGACCCCGCCGAGGAUGCAGAGGCGGCCACAGUCCUUUCCAGGCGUUACAUGUAUGAAGUCCGAACAGACGUACGGACCAGCAGAAAGAGACCUCGGCAGGCAUUCGACGAAGCAGUGUCUGCUGUACAGGUCAGGUUUCAAGAUGACGACGCGAGUCUUCAAAAUGACAUCAAACGCCAGAUGAGCACCAGCUACGGUUUUGCCUCCAAAAGACGUGCGUUGUCGCGCAAUCGACACGCAAACAUUCCGAAGGGAAACUCCAUUGACGCCAUACUUCCGGAGCUGCGAAUUACGAAGGAUGGCCAGCAAUUUCUUCAACUGGAAGACAAGACUGAAGGGAGGAGACUGCUCGUAUUUUACGCCGAGAAGGACCUGGACGCCUUCGCAAACACGGAGUACAUCCUGGGGGAUGGCAACUUCAAGUAUAAUCCAUCCGAAUUUCACAGCCCUGGACAGCUGUACACAAUACAUGCAAUUGUCAAAGGCGAAGCGCACCCCAUAGUGUACGCAUUGAUGCAGGCAACAGAUGUGAGAGCGUACCAAGCGGUGUUCCACACCUUGAAGGAGUCCAUGGUGCGACGAUUUGGUCACGUCGGGAGCCUAUCCACUACGGCGACCUGGCUAUUUGACUAUGAGUCUGCAGCAAUACGGGCAGCACUCAAUGUGUUCCAGACAGCGACGGGUGAACCCAACGUGCGAGGCUGCGCCUUUCACUAUGCCAAGGCCAUCAACAAGAAGCGAGACGAGCUCGGUCUGAAGGUGUUGUGCAGAGAGAACGCCGAAGUCAACCGAUGGUUUGUUCGAGUGAGGCAUCUGCCGUUCGUUCCUGACGACUUCCGCCUGGCCUUCGCCGACGACAUCCUUUCUGUGAAGCCGGACCUGCCUCCACUACAUGCGGCGCGUCUGGCGCUGUUUGACCGGUACUACCGAGCGUACUGGCUCACGAACAGCCUGCUGAAGGACCGCUGGGGACAAUUUGGGAACCGAGGACCGAGGACCACAAACCACGUAGAAGGCUGGCACAAUGGCCUGCACAGUCGGUUCACGUGUCGUCACCCAAACCUGGCCGAGUUCCUGGAGUUCCUGCGAGUCAGUCAGCACGCCGUGCAAAACAGAGUCCAGGCCCUUCUGUUGGACCCGUUGGCAGUGCCAACCCCGACGUCAGCUGCAGUACGGGAGAGAAACGCGAGCCUAUUGCAAGAAAUGGACUCCUUCUCGUGGUACUUGAGCACAAGUCCGGUAUCUUUUAUGGACCUGACCACGUACCUAGACAGAAUCGCCUUGGUUGGUGUCCUGCCGUCGGAAAGUUAGCGUCCGCACAUUUUGUAUCUAAUGUAAAUAUUGUUAUAUUCCAAUUAAAUAGUUGCUUUCA